AUGAUAUAGAAACAUAAAUCAAUAUGUAAUGAAAAUGAAUACAAGUAUUCCAAAACCUGAAUGUGGAACAAUAACUGUGCAAGAGGAAAAACACAACACACGAACACUGACAGUCGAAUCCAUUACAUAAACACUUUAUUCAAAGUAAAAAUAAACAACACAAUUCAAGAUUCAAGAUAAGAUGUCCCUAUUGAUGUGGCCUGUAUGAGAAAUAUAGGUGCUGAGAUAUGAGAGGAGGAGAGAAGGAGGAGAAGGAGGAGGAGGUAGAGGAGGAGGAAGGGGAGGAGGAAGAUCAUAAAAAAAAGAAGAAGAACAAAAAAACUUGCUGGCACCGCCUGCCAGAUUCACAGCGGAUCUCAGCGAUUUAUCGCCUCGGCGCAUCUCCCCUAAAGUGUGUCUCAGUGGCUCCGCCGGACCGGCUGCUCUCACGGAGGCUGCUGCUGCUCGCGACACGGCAGAGGGAGUUGUCUCGCGCCCGAUGCUGGGGAGACCAGUCCUCUAUCUCCCAUCUUCUCUCAUCGCAAUCGUCCCCCUCCUGCGGAUGUGAGUCGACGCCGGCGGCAUAUCGCGCUGGAUGGCUGGUGCACCGAGCGAGCCGGCGUGAACCUUCCUUUCUGCUUUUUUAUCAUCAUCAUCAUCAUCAAAAACUAAACUAAACAACUCAACAAAAAAAGCGGAAACAGAAAAAACAACAACAAUGACAGACCCCGCCAGCCAAGAGUCCUACCCGGUCCCGGACCCGACUAUUGUGGAUCCCCGCCCGGCCACGGCGCGCAACGGCCAGUGCGCCCCAGAUGGCUUCACCAACAACCAUCACCAGCAAGCCAGAUCCCCGAGCCAGCCCGAGACCUUCACCACGGGCCACGAGAUGAAAAUCUCAGACGGCGUGGAGGGAGAAGGUCUCCUCGAGAGCAGCAUGCGCCUGAAGCCCCACGAGGCCCAGAGAUACAGGAAGAAGGUACUCUGGGUUUCCUGUUUCUCCAUCGUGGUCACGCUCAUCCUGGCGGUGGCGGCCUUCACCGUAUCCUUCAUGAGACACAGCUCGUCCUCCUUUGGAUUUGGCUUCGACGCCGCGCUGGACGUCCUGUCGUCCAUCAUCGUCCUCUGGCGCUACAGCAACGCAGCAGCUGUGCACUCUGCGCACAGGGAGCACAUGGCGUGUGUGGUCCUGGGGGUUGUGUUCAUUCUCUCCUCCAUGUGCAUCGUUGGAAAGGCCAUCCAUGAUCUGUCCACCAGGGUGCCCCCGGAAGUGGACAACUUCCUCUACAGCGUUGCUAUCGUGAGCGGACUCACAUGUGCUGUUCUGGCUGUGGCCAAGUUCAUGCUGGGAAGAGUGCUGACCAGCCGGGCACUCAUCACCGAUGGGUUCAACUCUCUGGUCGGUUCCAUCAUGGGAUUUUCCAUUCUGAUCAGCGCCGAGGUCUUCAAGCACCACACUGACGUCUGGUACCUGGACGGCACCAUGGGAGUUCUGAUUGGACUCAUCAUUUUGGCAUAUGGCAUCAAGCUCCUGAAGGACAUGGUCCCCCGAGUGAGACAGACGAGGAACUACGAACGCUUUGAGUGAGACGUGCGUUGACCGGACGGGCCUGUCCACACACACACACACACACACACACACACACACACACACACACACACACACACACACACACACACACACACACACACACACAUACCUGGCUGCCUCCUGCCCUCUUCUUUCUGUCUUUCAUACACACUUUGAUACACAGCUCACCUGCACAUGCAUCCACCCUCUCUCACACACACACACACACACACACACACACACGCUGUGCACUGUACAUAGAGCAAUCACACAUUCAGACAUGACGCACGCACAAACACGGAUGUCGGAGAGACUUUGAGGGAAGAGGACGCGAUUGAAGACCACACACACACACACACACACACACAUCCUGGAGAGAAAACACUUGAAGUUAUUUUUUUCUUUUCUUUUCCGCUCUUCUUCACUUUUUGGUUCGUGCUACGAGCAGCUUCGAUGUAAAAAACUAAAAACGAGAACGAGGCCAAAGCAAGAGGGCCGGUCUCCCGUCCUCGGGAUGCAGCUUCGGGUUUGUGCGACUGAAACGGAGAUGAAGUACCGCUGCUCCGUGACACCACUUAUUCACGUCGGCACAGUUCCCCACACCGCGAGAGACCACAGGAUACACAUCUGAAUAUACAUUCGUUGAAAUAAUGGGGAGCAAAAUUCCAAAUGAUGAAAUGGUGAUUAUACUUAAAUGAGGCCUAAAAACUCAGUAUGAUUCAUGUGGUUUUAUUGAGAUGUUAUUGUCUCCCUAUUCUCUCUUAAUUAAGAACAUAUAUAUACUGUAUAUAUAUAUAUAUACUCCCAAAAUGAGCUUGAGGGCUCCUCACUUUAUUUAUUUACAUUUAUUCUUUAUUUCAAUCAUUUUAUUUUAAGUUUUUACAAGUUACACCAGACAAUCAAAAACAACAACAAAUAAAUAAAAAUGACAUAACAACCAACUAUACGAACAAUCAGACAAGGAAGAAAAAAUAAAUAAAAUAAAAUAAAUGAAAUAAAUAAAAUAAAUAAAAUAAAAUUAAUUAAUUAAUUAAUUAAUUAAAACCACAAACAUAAAUCAUAUGAUUUACAUUUAUUCUAUUUCUAGUAAUUGUUAAAUACAGGCUGUAAAGCUAAAGUGCACAAGUCGUAUACACACAUUGCGCAGCCCACUGAACUGUGGGUAAUGCGUCAGAGCACAAAUUAGCGGACGUCCCUCCGCCCGGCGACAGUUCAGCACACAUCACUAAUAACCAGGAAUUGAUUUCAGGGGAGUCGGUGUGUUUUGUCUUAACUGCUGUAUCUGACUUUCAUCGCCGUAUGCUGUGCGUAUCUCUUGAUUUGUUUUUCACACACACAUAAAUGGGUCAGGGAAUUUCUGAAAUCCAUUCUAACAACUGAAGAACAGGAAUAAAAUCCAAGUUGUUACGGGUAAGAUGAACUUAAACGUCUCGAUGUUUAUAUAGAUGGUAUUUUAUGUGUUGAUGUAAGACAAGAUGUAAACCACUCUGCAGGAAGGUCUCUGGUACCGUUUGCUAUAAUCCUAAUACAACAAUUGUCUCCAUGGAGUUUUGUACUGAAUCCAGUUUGGAUAUUUAUGCUCGGUUAAUAUUAUUUUAUCCAUGUUUUAUUCUUCUUUUCUCUUGUGUUGAGAUGCAAAGUCGGAUGACAAAAAGUGUAAAACCUAAGAAACAAAGCACAACGGCAAAGAUGAAGCAGCCAGUGGGAAUAUCCAUCGUUUCCAUUGCAUGUCAUUUACAGAGACGGAGGGGGGGGGGGUCUUAUUAAUCAUUCGUCCUGCAUGUUGCCAUCGUCAUCAUCCAUCAGUGUGUGCAACCAACUGAAUGUAAAUACCAAACCGCACAGUCUGUACAAAAUGUGUAUUUCACUGUUCGGGUGCAUCAGUAGCAAAAAGUCACAACUGUAGUCGUAGUACUUUGUGUGGCCGACAUAACAGGCUUUUCUUUGGAGUAGGCAGCAUAUAGUUGCAGUGCAGGAUGAUCAAUGUUGCAUAUGGUUACAAAUAUAUAUAUUUACUCUAUAGCGAUUAUACUGUCAAUGUUGUUUUACAUUGUACUGUUGAAUAUUGGUGAAAUGAUAAGUCUUACUGUAAAUGUUUGCACUGUAAGUGAAGACCUCAGACUGGAUGUAGGCGGGGCCUGUGGGCUCCCCUGUCACUUAUGAGAAGGUCUCCACAGAAGAACGGCUUGACCAGCGAGUCUUUGUUUUACACGCUGGAACCCGGUGGUGCGAUUCCCUUGUUGUUUUAUUGACCUUCGGCGGUCGUACGAGCUCAGACAUGCAAUCAGCCGGAGAACAUUUGAAGGGAAAACACGUCAGAGUUAAUGAAACACCAAACGGAGUCAUCCUCUUGGAGACAAAACAAGUUCAAUUCAUGCAGUGAUCUUAUACAAAACGUGAAAUACGUUGCUAUAAAUAGUUCAUAGGCAACAAAGACACACACACACAGGUAUUGAACGCAUGCGUAAUGCUUCCCAGCCUCUAACAUGAAGGUAAACUGCUUCACGGCCUGCUCUGUUCCUGUGGAUGUGGAUCCCGAGUGCCGGGGCGCCCCCUGGUGGCCGACGGCCGCUAGUGACAAGAGGCGUCGUCAGGAUUCAAAGGGAGAGUCUAAAUGACCCCCGGGGCUGAGGUCACAGGGCCAAAGCUCUCGGCUCGGCACGCCGGGUGCAAACGUCUCCAUUGUUAUCUUUUUUUCCUUUUUCAUUGUGCGAAGAACAUAUAAACGCCCCCGUCGGCGUGAACCGGCUCACACGGGGGGCGACGACGACGACGACUCGCCAACAGCACGCUGACAGCACACUGAUUUGUAAUGUCGCCCCCUCCCUCCCUCCCCCCCUCUCCGAUGCACAGAAGACAAUCACGCCGAAGACUUUUUAACUCGCAAAAGCACAAGAAGGAGAGUGCGUACGCGGCGACUCCCACCUCGUGAGGCACAGAACAAACUCCUCGUAACUCUGAGCAACCGUGCUCUGCCGCUCACCCGAACUGGACCGUCCUCCGAUGAAGUGAUUCCUCCGAUGAAGUGAUUCCUCGCGUGAUUCCAUUCUACCUCUCCUCUUUGCACAUUAUUUCCAUGCAGCUUUUCUCUCGUGCGACAUAAUAUUUACCCCCUGACACGCCUGAGGCCGGAUGCUGCAGUGAGUUGCGGUUGCAUGUCGUAACGUCCAUAAUGGGGUUUAUUUUAAGUUUUUAUUUAUUUUUUACAUCGCCAAAUGAAAUAUUUGAACCCUCAGACCAACGGGCCCCUCGAGGUUUGUGAGGACAUCCCCAUCGGGGCCGUGCAUUUGCACUGGCGGCGUGAUAUUUGAGUCAUUUUGCAGCAUCCGUCCUCUCUUCCGACAUGCGUGUUUCAUUCAAAUAUACUCUAGUAAUGUUAUUACCGCUUAAACCGUACACUUGAAUUCAUUUCACAAAAUGAUGAUAGCAAUACUCGCCACUUCUCUGUUGCUAGUCGGGUUUGCAUGGGCCUGUAAAAACAGCUUCAGUGCAUUGCAGCCACACACACACACACACACACUCACUCACUCACACAGAGUAUACAAAAGCACAACAUACAUGGAUCGGUGUAAUUACAUUUCCAAUAAAUCUGACUGUAACAGAAUAUAUUAUGUGUCUGUUAGUACAGUAACGACAUCAGUGGUAGCAGAUGAUGUAACAACUCUGUUCGUUUAUGUAAAGGAACUAUGAGGUCUCACUUUGUCCAAAAGCAAAGUUUUAUUAACGAAUAAAGUUUUAUCCUGCUCAA